AUGUCUUCGGCAGUCUUCGGGCUUCUCCUGCUCAUCACCCUCCACCUGCCCACCCUCCCUCCGUGCCACGCCGCCACAGACACCCUCUCGCCCAGCCAAGAGCUCGCGGGCCGCGACAAGCUCGUGUCCAGCAACGGCAGGUUCGCGCUCGGCUUCUUCCAGACCGGGAGCAACUUCUCCGACGGCACGCCCAAGUGGUACCUCGGGAUCUGCGGUCCCCAAGUUCACCCCCGUGCCACCACGGUCUGGUCCACAAAAGCGAACGCCACGACAAACACCACCGUCGCCGCUCUCCUCGACAAAGGAAACCUUGUUCUCCGCAGUGGCAGCGGCGCGUCCAAUUCGUCCAAUUUUUUCUGGCAAAGCUACGAUCACCCGACCGACACUGUUCUCCAGGGUGGGAAGAUUGGCUGGAACAACUCCACAGGCUUGAACCGCCGUCUCGUCUCCAGGAAGAACGCCAUUGACCAGACUCCCAGCAUGUACUCUUACGAGUUAUCUGGCCACAAUGGUGAUACUUCCAGUGUUUCUAUGUUCAACUCGUCCAAGCAAUACUGGUCGAGCGGGGACUGGGGCGGCCAAUACUUCAGCAACAUCCCGGAGAGCGUGGGUCAGAAAUGGCUCUCCCUUCAAUUCACCAGCAACAAAGAAGAGCAGUACGUCCAGUAUGCCAUUGAGGAUCCGACAGUGCUGUCACGCGGCAUAAUGGACGUCUCCGGGCAAAUGAAGGUGCUCUUGUGGUUCGAGGGGUCAUCACAAGAUUGGCAAGCCGUCUACACGGUGCCGAAAUCUCAGUGCGAUGUCCAUGCUACCUGUGGCCCUUUCACGGUCUGCAGCGAUGUCCCGUCCCCCUCCUGCAGCUGCAUGAAGGGCUACUCCAUAUGGUCACCUCAAGACUGGGAGCUUGGUGAUCGGUCGGCUGGAUGCGCAAGAAAUACUCCACUCUACUGCAACAGCAAUAGUAGCGGAGUCGGCGGUGAGACAGAUAAGUUCUACCCUAUGACUUCUGUCCAACUUCCUAUGAAUGCUCACUUGCGUGCCUGGGAAGCUGCUCAUGCACUGCGUAUUCCUAUGAUCAAGGUGCCUGUUCCAUUUGGCACGACAAGCUGCUCAAUGUUCGGCAACAAGGUAACAGUGUUCUUCACCUUCGCCUCGCUGCAAAAUAAGUGCCAAGCAGUAAAACCAAUAGAAGGGGACUGA